UCCAAUCUGUAACCGUGUUUCACCGCGUGUUGUAACAAACUCCAAUUUAAUAAACAAACAAAUCCCCCGGGCUCUUCCUCCGAUCCGCUUCCAACCCUCGCUCUUCCCCUUCCUUCUUCGAUGGAUCUUGCCGGCGGCGAGUACAUGCCUUCCAAUGCGACUCCCACCACUAAAGAGGCGCGUCUCCGUCGCGCCCACUUCCCCGGCGCCGUCAAGCAGCGCGCCUACCGCUUCGACGGCCUCGGCAACUACACCACCAAACAAUGGGACCUCACACAAGCCAACGGCAGCGGCAACGGCGAAGAGUUCUACUGGUACCACGUCGAGCUACCCAAGGGGAAGCAGAAUCUAGCCGGCUUCGCUCAAUACCUCAUCGACGUCCUCUGCCCGCCGUUAAAGCUCCACGACAUCCUCGCUUUAGUUAGCAAUGGCCCCUUCGUCGGCCACGUCGACGGCGCGUUGGUUUUCCGGGUGAACUCCCCGGGCCCGGCGGCGAGCAAUUUCACUCUCCGGCUUGCGGCGAGGGUGACGGAGAACUCGGUCGUCACGGUGUCGCUCGGGAGGGUGCCGAGGCUCGGGUUCUCGCCGACGGGGCAGUCGCUGCUUUCGGAGAUUCCGAGCGUCGGGGGCGAUGGGGAGAAGGCGGCGAAUGGGAGUUUUGUGAUUCCGGAGCAUGUGCUGGAGUUCUUGUUGACGAUGAAUCACUCGGAGGAGGCCGACAACCCGGUGCCGAAGACGGUGUCGAAUUUGGUCGUCCAUAUUAUUGAUACACAUGUGGAUCAUAUGCAGGAUAUAGUGACAAAGAUGGAGAUGGAAUUGGACUCUGUGGAGCUCGAAUUGGAUAAAGGUGGCUCCUCAUUAAAGAAACAAAUGUUGGAUGACAGAAGAUUCCCCAAAAUGCAUCUGAAUUUGCAGCACCUUCUACAGGUAGUUUCUCAUGGCGAGCAGGUCUUUCCACGUGUAAAAGAGAAGUGUGCAACCAAAAGUUGGUUUGCAAGUGAAGACAUUGUUGCUCUUGAAGAACUAAUUGGUUGUCUUAGGAGGCUAAAAGAGAAUUUGGGAUUUAUAACGAAUCGGGUGACAGCAGUUCAGGCUGGUCUUGAUAGCUGGCAAUCAGAACAGAUAAACCGGAAGCUCUACUACCUUUCUUUCCUCUCGAUGAUUUUCCUUCCAUUAUCUAUUGUUACUGGAAUAUUUGGGAUGAAUGUCGGAGGUGUUCCAUGGACAAAUCAGAGGGACCCUGAAUUGAAAGAUGGAUUCAUUAAUGUUAUGAUAGUCUGUGCAGUGAUACUGUUUCUUUUGUUAUUUUGUUUCAUCUUUCCAUCUCUCUACACACGUAUAUCUGCUUGGAGAAGAAAGUAUGCACUGAAAAAGAGCUGGUCUCUUAAUAGAAAAUCUUUCUUCAGAAGAACGCUUCCUAAUGGUGGACUUUGGAGAGGAGAAGGUUACACACGCAUCUGAGUAGUUACCUCCAGGAAGUCUUGUUCUCCUGCCUCUUGAAAGAAAAGUUUGUUUUUAACACCAUCAUGGAGGAGUAAAAUUUCAGAGCAUGGAACACCAAGGAAAGAUUUCUUCCUUCUAUUCAGAUGCGAAAACGAGAUCAGUGGGACCUCUGCAUCAGAAGCUUGAAGUGUGCUCUGAAGAUUGAAAAGUAGUUUGAUAUUUAAUUUACAGUGUACAAAGAAAGUUAAAAUCAUCAUCUAUUGAAACUUCUGAAUUUUUUUAUUCAUUUAUUGUUUUGAAAGUGUAGAGCUGUUGCAGCUGUGUUUGUAACUAUGGGUUCCUAACUUCUAAACUAUGGGCCCAACUAUAAGCAUUCCUUUCCUUAUUAAAUUCAUAGUGUGUAUGUUCAAAAA